AUGUUUUUCUUGUUACUAUGUGUAAUUAUUCACUUACUUUCAAUUGUGUAAGCCUUAUCUUAAUAGUCAAAUGACUUAGAUAACUGGUAAAUGAGAUUAUUUGGAUAGCUUUCCUCCAUUUAUGUUUAUGAGGAUAUAAUUUAUUAUCAUAAUACUUAGAACCAAAAUGGAAAAAUCUUUAGAGUUACAGGUAGUUAGUAGAUCUACUAAAUUUGAUAGGCUAAGUUUAAUCGAGAAAUACAUACAUAAUGUGUGAUUUUUUUAAUUAUGUCAAAUAUGAAUCAAAUUAAAAAGUUGUUCAUUUGUUUAAUAAUGGUUUUUCAAUAUUAGCAUAAUGGGAAAUAAAUGAUAAGAUAGAUAAUUGUCUGAUUGGAUUAAAUGGAGAAUAUAUUAUUAUAUCUGGUCAAACUAUUUUUUCAACAAUCAACGAAAGAUUUUUAAAAAAGUAAAUAUUAUUUGAUCAUUAAUAAAGGAUAGAAAAUUAAAUUAUUUAUGCUGGAUAUAUUUUUGAAAUACCAAUUAUAGUAAUAUAGAAAUAAAAUUAAAUUUGUAUUUUUUCGAUUAGAAAUUCAAUUACAGAAGAUUAUUGUGUUCAUAGUAGGAAGGGUGGUAAAGUUAUUGAAUUUGGAAAAACAUUAAUUUAUUAUGAUAAUUAUUUUGCCUAUCAUCUUAAAGAUAAAAUGGCAAAGUAAAUUAAUAUUGAACUUAUAAGAAAAACUUGCUAAUUCUUAGGUUUUUCUUAAACUUUAGUUAUUAGAACUAAAAAUAAUAAAUAAAUUAUAGAUUUGAAAGGAUAAAUUGAAUAUGAAUUUCACUUUAAUUUAUAAGUUAUAGAAAAUUUAGAGACUUAAAAAUACUACUUUUUGGUAAAAUAAGAAUAAAAUCAUCUUAUAAUUCAAAGUUUAGACAGAGAAACCUAAAAAUUAAGUGUUUAAAUUAUUGAAAUAACAAAUAAAUCAAAUAUCUUAAGAGCAUUUUUGAUUGAUUUAUCAUAGAAAUAAUUUUUAAUUUAGUAUUAAGAUUUAUAAACUGUAUUAUUAGAGAAUUAAUCAAUACUUUGGUAAACAGAAUAAUCCUUAAUCAGCAUAGAUAACAUAUUUUAUCAGAAAUAUGAAAACAAAAAAUAAACAUAUAAAAAUUCAUAUUAUAAAUCCUUAUAAUAAAAUGGUCUUUACAAUCCUUUCUUAAUACUUCAAAAUGUAAUAUUAAGAGUAUUAAAUGAGAUUAAAGAUUUAUAAGAAAUGUUUAUACAAUUUAUCAAUGAUAUUGAUAAUUAAAAAAUUAAGAAGAACGAAAUGGAGUAAUCUUUUGGUCUUAAAUAAAAAGUAUGUUUCUUAUCAACUUAUAAUACAUUAUUAUGUUAUGAUACAAAAGAACAUUAACUAAUAUAAAAGUUGUAUAUAAAUAAUCUUGAUUAAACAUUUAAAUUAGUGGCACUCCAUUAAAUAGAGUAUAUAAUUAUAUUUAUGGCCUUUUAGUCCAAAUCUUGCAUAGAAUUAUGAUUAAAAAGUUGGAUCUAAGAAUCAUAUUCUAUUUUAUUAUUCAGAUCAACGAAAGAAACUAUAUACUUUUAUUCUAGAUUUGUCUUAUGGAUCAAUAUAAUAAGUAGCUUCAAGAAGAUCUAAAAAGAUUAUUUGGACAAUCCCAUAUAAAAUAGAAAGUAAGUCUAGUUAAUAUUAUAAUCUAAUCAUUUUAAUAGAUGAAGAUUAUAAAGUAUUUACUUAUCCUAAUAAUGAUCAUUUGAAUUAUAAAGAAAUUAUACUCUAUAGAAAUGAUAAUGGAGUGUUGAUAGGAUAUAAAUUAUAUGAUAAACAAUUAGUAAAAAUAUGGACUAUAAAUAUGAGAGAUAAAAUAAUACUUAUAAGAUCAUCUUAUUAAUAUGGUCAAGAUAAUCCUAGAGUUGCAAAUUGGGAUGAUAGAAAUGUGAUAUUUAAAUUAAUUGAUCAUACAAAUUUUGCAAUUCUCACUACAGAUGAAGAUUCACUUAAAUUAUAUAUUGUCAAUGCUAAAACUGGGAAAAUUCUAUUUUAAGGUAUCUAAAAUGAAGCAGAUCUUAAUUAACAAAUCAAUUUAGUUUUUGAUGAACAUUAGGUUUUUGUAACAUAUUAUAAUUAAGCCUAAAUGAUAUUUGAAAUAUGGACAAUAGAGAUUUAUCAUAUGACAAUUGAAUGUUCAUUUAUAAAAAUGUUGGAGUAUUAUUAUUUCUCUUAAGAUCCAAUAAUAAAAAAUUAUUAUUAAACAGAUUAUAAUGCUAUUUUCUUAUAAUAAGUUUAUGGAUAUCCUUUGGGUAUAAGAUAUCUAGGAAUAUCCAAAACUAAAAACUCUUUAACUAAGAAAAAUUUAUUAAUUAUAACUACUUCUAGUCAAUUACAUUAAUUAGAUAGAAAUCUAGUUUCUGCAAGAAAAAGGGAAAAAUCACACUUAGAAUAUUCCUUAUGGUCUAAUGACUUAAUAUCUUAUUAGUAUGAACUUCCUAUCUAUUUCUAAAGUAUACUGACUUACAAUUAAUUAGUAAUUUAUUUUUGUUAUUAAAUUAGUUCGAUUUCGAGAAGUUUUCAUUAGAAACUACAAAUUUAGAAUCUUCUGCCUUACUUAUAGUGUAUGGUUCUGAUAUAUUUUUCACAAUAAUAUCACCAGAUAAAGUAGUAGUAAUUAUUUAUUUUAGACUUAUGAUAUGUUGCAGAACAACUUCAAUUAUAAUGCCAUAAUAUUAACAACUAUAUUAAUUGGAUUAGCAAUAUAAGUGUUAUAAAAAUUAAUAAAAUCUAGUAAAUAAGAAAAAUAGUUUAAAGUAAAUUGA